AUGGCCCGGAUAUCACUAGAAGACAGCCAUUUCUACCUCCCGAACUGGGCGUCAUGGGACGCCCUCAAGACCCUGCACGAGUGGCACUUACGAAGAGGCGCCGCGGCGGACGCCCCGUACCCCAACAGGCACGCGUGGGAGAGCAUCCUGCACGUGUACUUCCCAAGCCACUACGACCAAUCCCAGCUCGACAUCCAACCAGACGGGACCGCACAGGGGAUCAAGUACCUCCUCCUCAGGAAAUUCUUCGACGCAGCAUCAUCACCCUCGGACGGCUAUGGUACCGGGGAGGGCCUCACCCUCGAGCGCAUCUCGGUGGACCUCCCGGCGCGGGUCAGACACCUCCGCGAUAUCCUCUGGGUCAAGUGCAACCCACCGAGCACCGACGGGACCCAGUGGGCCAGCGCGAUGCGCACCACGGUGGCGUACCUGGGGCGGAGGCAUCCCGCCCGCGCGAUGUAUCUCAUCCUCGCCGUGGGGAUGCACUGGCUGCCGUUUUACUGGGACCCGACGGACCCUAGGCCGGAGGGGCGAGGCCUAAGAAUGGCAGAAGGGAAUGACGAGGAGGGAUGGUACGCGGUCACGCCCGAGGUCCACGCGCCGCCUGGUAUCGACGCUGGGCAUAUCGACGGUGAGGGGAUCGUCCACCUGGAUCGGGCCAGGACCCUGGACUGCUUCAACGGUGCGGGGCCGUUCUUUGCUGAUGAGAGGCCUAAGCUAACGUACCAGGAGGACCUGGACUUUUUAGAGGAGUUCCUUGGGGUGGUGGUGAGGCAUGCUUAUGCAGGUGAGCACGGGAUGAGCUUCGGGUGA